CAGCUACAUAGAGAGAGACUCAACUAUAGAGAGAGAAACUGCAAAGAGGACUCCGUAGCAAUGGAGUCGACGUUACUCUCGGUGAGCUCCACAAUGUCUAUUUUGUCCCUGUCCAAGUCUCUUAAUUCCCAUUCCACCACUCUCUUUACCAAUUUCUACCGCUGCUUCUGCACGACUCGACCUAGUGCACUCGCUCGCCUCAAACUCAGGCGAUGUCUACUUGACAGAGACUUCAACCGGCUCGGAUCGUGUUCUUUGGUUAGGGGUCUGGAUUCGGUGGAUCUAUGCAGGUCCCGAUUGCAGUGCAUUGGCAGUUCAGCUGCCUCGUUUGCGUCCGACGGAGGUGGUUUUGGUGGGAUUCAUGGAAAUGGAGGUGGUCGAGGCGGCGGAGGCGAUGGAGCGGCUGAGGGUGGAGAGUCAAAGCCGCGUUCCGUGGUGGUUGGAGCUGGGGAGGCUUCUGCUUCUAGCUCUGACGUUAUCAUUCUUGAUGUUGGUGGGAUGACAUGUGGAGGUUGUGCCGCGAGUGUGAAGAGAAUUUUGGAAAGUCAACCACAGGUUUUUUCUGCUAGCGUGAAUCUCACUACUGAAACUGCAAUCGUAUGGCCGGCAUCUGAAGCCAAGGUUACACCCAGCUGGCAGAAGGACUUGGGAGAGGCUCUUGCAAAUCAUUUGACUAAUUGUGGAUUCACAUCUAAUCUUCGAGAUUCAAGAAGGGUGAACAUCUAUGAGACGUUUGAGAAGAAGAUAAAUGAAAAGCAUGCUCUGUUAAGAAAGAGUGGUCGUGGGCUAGCUGUUUCUUGGGCUUUAUGUGCUGUAUGCAUCUUUGGCCAUCUCACUUACUUCUUUGGAACCAAGGCACCAUGGAUCCAUGCAUUGCAUUCCACAGGAUUUCAUUUGUCUUUGUGUCUAUUUACAUUGCUUGGCCCUGGUCGCCAACUGCUUGUUGAUGGCCUGAGAAGUCUUGUUAGAGGAGCUCCAAACAUGAAUACAUUGGUUGGUCUUGGGGCUUUGUCAUCCUUUGCUGUCAGCUCCCUCGCUGCUUUUAUACCAAAACUGGGAUGGAAAACUUUCUUUGAGGAACCAGUUAUGCUGAUAGCAUUUGUCUUGCUUGGGAGAAAUCUUGAACAGAGAGCCAAGAUAAAAGCAACCAGUGAUAUGACAGGCCUUCUAAGUAUGUUGCCUGCUAAAGCUCGUCUCCUGGCUAAUGGUGGUGCAGGAGAAUCGGACUCAACCGUUGAAGUUCCUUCUAGCAGUCUUUCUGUGGGAGAUCAAAUCGUUGUACUGCCUGGAGAUCGUAUUCCGGCUGAUGGGAUAGUCAGAGCAGGCAGAAGCACUGUUGAUGAGUCAAGUUUCACUGGGGAGCCUCUACCUGUAACUAAAUUACCAGGGGCAGAAGUCGCAGCUGGAAGUAUAAACCUAAAUGGAAAAAUUACUGUUGAGGUUCAAAGACAAGGUGGUGAGACUGCCAUUGGGGACAUUGUUCGGUUGGUAGAAGAAGCACAGACUAGAGAAGCUCCUGUACAACGGUUGGCUGACAAGGUUGCUGGACACUUCACUUAUGGUGUUAUGGCGCUCUCUGCAGCCACAUUUAUGUUCUGGAAUCUUUUUGGUACGCGAAUUUUGCCAGCUGCUCUUCAUCAAGGGACUUCUCUUUCAUUGGCAUUGCAACUUUCAUGUAGCGUUCUGGUUAUAGCAUGUCCAUGUGCACUUGGGCUAGCAACACCAACAGCUGUACUGGUUGGAACUUCACUUGGUGCUACAAGAGGGCUGCUUUUGCGUGGUGGAAGUAUAUUGGAAAAUUUCUCGAUGGUGAACACAGUUGUCUUUGACAAAACAGGAACAUUAACCAUUGGCAGACCUAGUGUGACCAAAGUAAUGACACAGGGUCACCAAGCAGAUACAGAUCCACAACCAGAUUUAGCUUCAGCUCGUAAUUGGUCUGAAGUGGAUAUUUUGACGUUAGCUGCUGGAGUUGAAUCAAAUACAAUUCAUCCAAUUGGAAAGGCGAUUGUGGAGGCAGCGCAGGCUUUGAACUGUGCAAAUGUGAAGGCGGCAGAAGGAACAUUUACAGAGGAACCUGGGUCUGGUGCGGUGGCAACCAUUGAUGAGAAAAAGGUGUCAGUCGGUACGCUGGAGUGGGUUGAAAGGCAUGGGGUGAAAAACAAUUCAUUCCAAGAACUUGAGGAGUUUAAGAAUCAAUCAGUUGUUUAUGUGGGGGUAGAUGAUAUUCUUGCUGGUAUAAUUUAUGUCGAGGAUCAGAUCAGAGAAGAUGCUAGGCAUGUUGUUAAAUCUUUGACUAAUCAAGGAAUCAACACUUACUUGCUCUCUGGGGACAAAAAGAAUGCUGCUGAAUAUGUUGCAUCUGUUGUUGGUAUUCCAAAAGAAAGGGUGUUGUAUGGAGUCAAACCAGAUCAAAAGAAAAUGUUCAUUAGCAGACUUCAGGAGGAUCAGAACAUUGUAGCUAUGGUUGGUGAUGGAAUCAAUGAUGCAGCAGCUCUCGCUUCAUCGCAUGUAGGCGUUGCAAUUGGUGGAGGUGUUGGAGCUGCUAGUGAGGUGUCAUCUAUUGUGCUAAUGCACAACAAGUUGUCCCAGUUACUUGAUGCUCUGGAGCUGAGCAGACUGACCAUGAAGACUGUCAAGCAAAAUCUCUGGUGGGCUUUCGCAUACAACAUUGUAGGAAUUCCAAUAGCAGCUGGAACGUUGCUACCUGUGACUGGGACCAUGCUAUCUCCUUCAAUUGCGGGUGCCCUUAUGGGGUUUAGUUCUAUUGGUGUGAUGACAAACUCUUUGCUUCUAAGAUUCAAGUUUGCAGCAAAACAGAGAGAAAUUUUCAAAUCAUCAUUAUACAUUAAACCACCUAGAGACGAUGAUGAUAUCAGGGAAGAAAAUAAGAGAUUGCAGCACCCAUAUACAGCUUCCAGAUGAUGAAACCUGUUUGCGAAAUUAUGGAACCACUAACUUGCUUCUGAGUGAGGUUUACUGGAUACAACUUUUUUAUGAUGCCACACGGAGGAGGAAAUCACCAAUUCAUCAGAAUAAAUCGAACCCAAAUUCUUUGGAGGGCGUGGGAAGAGACUAUUUGGUUAUCCCAGUCUUUUAAAGAGCCCCGAGAAGCUCAAAUAGAACCCAUUAUUUUUCUAGCUAAUGUUGUUCUCUCUAGUAACGUAAGUUAACUUGGAUUUGUUUCGAGUUGGAAAGAUGAAAAGUGGGGCACUAUUAUUUGAACUUGUUUGAAUAAUUUUAACUAAUUCUUUUUACUAGUUUUAGCGAAUUUUGUGGAUGUAUUUGAUGGCAAAAUGUUGCAAGAAUGAGAACUAUACUUCACUG